AAGCCCUAUAUCACAAGAAGAAAAUUCAGAAGUCACAACACUCCGACUUGAACCAAUCGAAAUUCAAAAGACAGAGAGAGAUAGAGUAGAAACAAUGGAAAUACCUGACGUCAAUUCAUGGAGCGCCGAAGCGAAUUGGACAAUCGCUCAUGGCUCUCUGGAUUCUUCUAUCACCUUCGACUCUUCAGAUUCUCCGAUCGACUCCGAAACCACCGUCAAUUCCACGCUCAAAUCUCCCCUUAUCUUGAAGCCUUCGUCGCCCGAUUGUGGCUCUUGCGAGAUCAAGAUUAGUUUCACGCAAAGUCAUGAGGUCAGGCAGGUAUACAUUCGAAGUACAGCUCGAGUCUAUGAGAUAUAUUAUGUACCUGGUCUGCAGAGUAGCAAUGAGUAUCUCUGUACUGUUCGCUGUGGCAUUGCUUCUAGAGACGGAGAGUCACUCCAUGCAGCUGAUAUUGAAGAAUCUGUUGCAAAUUGGAAUGGGUCUGCUGGAGAAUUGGCUAAGGAGAAAUUUAAGCAUGAGGGCAGUGUCGGCAGCAGUGAAGAUGACUGGGUAGAGGUGAAAGUUCCUAAUUCUCCUCUACAAGAUAACAGAACCAGUUCUCUGCCAGAAAAGAUUGACGCCAACAGGGGCACAAGCGUUCAGGACUUAUACGAGGCUACAGCUGAAAUUACUGAUGCAGACCCUUGCAUUUCCCUUAUGCUUCGUUUGCUAUCCCUUCAGAGUAAAGAGUGCGUAUAUGUUGAUGAAAUUUACAUAUUUGCGGACCCUGUUGGGUCAGCUGAUACAGAACAGGCAAUUCCGGUGGGAAACCCAGCUGGAAGUUCACUUGUGGCCAUGCUUGUCCCUACACUUUUGCAACUGUCAAAAACUGGUAUAAGCCGAAUACAAGAUAAGCAUGAAUCUGUUAUAAUGGAGAAACCAGAUUCCCUGGAAAUUGGAUCUAGAACAAUUGGUUCAACCAAUAUUGCAAAUGCAACUCAGCAGGAAGAACAAUCCUGCAUAGCUGAUCAAAAACAGGAUCCGAAAUUGCAAGAUGUGAAUGGGGCUACAGCUAAUCAAAUGAAGAUUCCUGAACAAGUUUUAGAUAGAGAAGAAAAACAUGGUUCUAUUGCAAAAAAUGAUCUGCCAUUUAGUCAAAUUGAAAGAACCUUGGAACAGCUUGUUUCUCGAGUAAGCAGAAUAGAAGAUAUCUGCUCAAGGUUUGAAGAGAACAUGCUAAAGCCCAUAAGCAUCAUGGAGGCAAGGCUCCAGCAUGUAGAGCAGCAAAUGGAAGUAUUCACCAAGAAUUCCCAAUGUUCAGUAUUGACCUGUGGUACACGGUUCUUUGCUCCUGCAUUUUCUUGCAAUGAAUCCGGUUCGAGCUCAUUCUACAAUGAUGGAAGUGAUUAUCCUGCUUGCGGGGGAUUGGACUUGAAAAAGAAGGAUUCCCCUUCUGCUAACCCUCCAAACCAACCUGAAGACGUGUCUACCUCAGUUAAUGCAGCACAGUUUGUGCCAAGUCUUGUGGUCACUGCCCCUGAGUUUUCUUGUGGUGAUGAUGAGGAAGAUGAUGCUUUGGAAUCACAAAUGGAUUCUCCACAAGAAAAACCUAAGAAGGGUUUGUCAAUUGAUGAUGCUUUAGCUGCUGCACUUAACGGAUUAAUAUCUACGAGUAUUGUCCAGACUACAGAAUGUACCCAAACUCUUACGGUUAAAGCUCCUGAAUUUACCACCGAGGAAAAUGGUAAUGAAGAUGAACUAGCUUCACCCGGUGUUCAAAAUGAAAAGCAUGUGGUUCCUUCUACCUAUUUGUGCAAAUCUAAUGGAAUAUCUACGAGUAUUAUCCAGACUACAGAAUGUACCCAAACUCUUAAAGUUAAAGCUCCUGAAUUUACCACCGAGGAAAAUGGUAAUGAAGAUGAACUAGCUUCACCCAGUGUUCAAAAUGAAAAGCAUGUGGUUCCUUCUACCUAUUUGUGCAAAUCUAAUGGAACUGAACCCACAAUUGAAUCGGGUUCAACUUCCAGUGAUGCUUCUUCUGUAGAGGGCAUAUGUCAUGUGACAAGAAAUCUUAGUGAUGAAGACUUCGAGGAAACAUCCAAAGGACUUGAUGGACAAAACCAGUUUGAUGAAGAAGGAAGUAGUUGCGGUUCUCCGAGUAUGAAUGUUGAGUGUCCACCCAUUCAAGCUGAAAGCACUGAAGAUAUUGCAGAACAAGGGUCAUGCAAAGAUUUGUUACAUAAUGCUUUCAAAUCUUCAUGUGCUUCUUCUACACUAGAUUUUGAGACUCCUAUCUUGGAUGUGAAAUUUGCUUCAUGGGGAAUUUCUACUACCAAAACCCUUCUCGAAGCCCUUUUGUCUGAUGUGCCAGAAUAUGAUGUUCAAACACCUCAUGUCCAGGAAAGUGAUGAUGGUUCUGCUGAGCAAAAAAACAUAAUUUCUGGUGAAGAUAGGGAAUCAAUAGCUCCUCUGAUUGUUAAUCAUCCUUUGGUGGAUUUGGACAGUCAUGAAGUAAGAGAUGUGCCUGCAACCAUGGAGGGUGAAGAACUGCAGCAUCCUCGUGCAUGUGACAGAACGUGUACAAGUCUCAUAUGAAACUUUUCAUAUAUAAUUUGUAAAAAUCUCUCUUCAAUCUUACACGACCAAUUCUGUAAGAUCAGAUUUCUAAAACUAGCAGAGGACCAUUCUAAAUAUAUACUUCUCAAUGUUUCCUGGAA